AUGUCCGUCCUCUCCCGCCCGGCGCCGGGCACCGUGCAGUGCUUCGGCCGGAAGAAGACCGCGGUCGCCGUGGCGUACUGCAAGCCGGGCCGCGGGCUGAUCAAGGUCGACGGCGUGCCCAUCGAGCUCGUCCGCCCGGAGAUGCUCCGGCUCAAGGCCUUCGAGCCCAUCCUGCUCGCCGGCAGGUCCCGCUUCAAGGAGAUCGACAUGCGGAUCCGCGUCCGCGGCGGCGGCCACACCAGCCAGAUCUACUCCAUCCGCCAGGCCAUCGCCAAGUCGCUCGUCGCAUACUGCCAGAAGUACGUCGACGAGGCCACCAAGAAGGAGGUCAAGGACAUCUUCGCGCGCUACGACCGCACCCUCCUCGUCGCCGACCCGCGCCGCUGCGAGCCCAAGAAGUUCGGUGGCCGUGGUGCCCGCUCGCGUUUCCAGAAGUCGUACCGUUGAUUGUUUUUUUUUGGGUAUGGUGGCGCCGGUGGCGCAAUCCUCGACUGUCUAUCUAUCUACUAUCGAGCAGUUUAGCCCAUGUAGUUUCGCAUCUUUUGGACACAAUGAAUAGGGUAUGUGAUGUUCUCUAAGACUCGUGAGUUGCCUAUGCAAUAUCGUUUUGUUUCGUGCCUAAUUGGACGGAUUAUGUUAUUUCAAUAUUAUGUUAAAAUGAUGAGACUGACUGUCCUGUUAAGUUUC